AUGUUUGAUGAAUCACAUCAACAAACCACCAUCCCAUCAAAUCCUACUGUUUCCAUCGAUCCCACGAAGAAAUACGAAUUACUUGGAAACUGCAUCAAACAACGUCAAAUGGAACCCAUCGAUCUUGCGGCAGGCCGCCUCGACUUCGAUGGCGUAGAUCCCGAAAUAGGCAUGCAUCUCCUAUCCGUGUUUUGGAACCGACAGCACGCCUCCGGAUUAGUGGUUUAUCGCCCUGCCUUCAUGCGGGAUAUGGCGUGCAGCGGGCCGUAUUUUUCUAAACUGCUGUUAAAUGCCAUCUUCUUCUCGGCAUCCAAAAACUCGCCUCGAACGGAAUUCAAGUGUUCAGGUGUCGUUACAGAGGCGCCCGCCGCUGUUUCACCGUUUAGAAUACGAGCGGAGGAACUAUUGUCCAUGUCCACAUCUGGACUGCCGACAAGAAUGAAAAGUGAUAUUACCACCAUACAGGCGCUGUUGAUCAUGUCCGAGGCGCUGUUUGCAUGGUGCGAUGAGCGGAGUUUGUCUUGGCUGUAUUCCGGGCUUGCGAUUAAUAUGAUUGUUGAUCUGGGAAUACAUACUGACAGACGGACACCUGCGAUGAACAAGGCUUUUACGUCAGAGGAUUCGGAGAUUCGUCGUAGACUAUUUUGGGCUGCUUUUGUCCAAGAUAAAGUCCAAUCUAUCUACCAAGGACGACCCGCUCGUCUCCGUGAACAAGAUGUCAACGUACCCAUUGCUUUCAUGGACGAUUACGAGGAACUGGAUCAAUUUACUUCGCUUUCUUAUGCGCGAGAAGACAUUUCCAUGAGCUUUCCUACUCGCAGCGUUUCUGUAUUUGAGCAGCAGUGCAGACUCAGUCUCAUCAUGGAUAGAAUUCUGUUCGGGAUAUAUGCAGAAAAUUACAAUUCGAGGAGUACGUCUCAACUGCUCAAUACUGCGCGCGCUCUGCAUCAAGACCUCGAACACUGGCGGAAAUCUCUCCCGGAGCAUCUGAAUAUGAACUUUGAUGCUUCCAGCAAUCCACCGCUGACACCUCAUGCUUUGUCUUUAAUGUCCAUGUAUUACUCCCUUAUCAUCCUCCUAUAUCGCCCGUUCGUAUCCGAUGGACACGUGAACGCUAUCUCCCCAUCCGCGAUUCGCGACGCCUUCACUACAUGCGCAGCCGCCGCUUCGGGUAUCGACGCAACACUACGAGUCUAUCUACAACGCUUUUGCAUUACUACAGUCCCAUAUUUUAUGUCUUUUGCCACAUAUGUGAGCGGAACAAUCCACGUACGCAUUGCAGCACAGAGCGGACGCGAGUCGGAAGCAUAUAAGAGUCUUGAGAAUUGUCUAGACAUCUUGUCUCAGCAGCAAUCGGUGUGUCGUGCGCCGCGGAGAGCUAGACGGAUUCUUUUGGGGUUGGCUAGACGCUUGAACGUCCAUAUUGAUGAUUCGUCGGCAUCUAUGGGAAAUACGCGAAUGAACUCGGACACAAAUCUUGAUGCGCCAAUGCACGCAUCAACACUGGAAAACCCGCAAAGUGACUUUGAACUAUUGAUGUCGGGUUUGGAUAUUGACGCUAUCAUUCAGAGCUUUGAAUUCGAUCAAUCGAGUAUGAUGAAUCAGGCCGAGCACAUGAAUAGUUCAUCCGCAGCAACGAAUGCUGAUGAUUUCAGUCAGUGGAUGCUACAAGACCCUUUGUUUGGAUAUGAUUCGUUGUUUCCAAUGGAUAGCUCUUCUGCGUAG